CGUUACCAUGGUGACGGAUGCAGUUGACUGGGCGUCUGCUACAACAAUGGCUGGAGCAAAACCAAAGAAUUCAUCUGUUGUUGCACGGGAGAAUGCAGAAAUCCAUUAUCAGCCCGAAGUUUCUAUAGAAUCUGAUCGUAUACUCGGUGUGUUGGACAGCGCCAUACGUAACAUGGAAUUAGUUGUUUCAGAGGCCAGUAUCAUCUUCAUUGGAUACAUGAAACAGCUACGUAACUGUAUUGCACAGAGAUUGGCCAUUACCCCCAUAAAAGAACUGGAAAAACAAAAGAAUUUGCACCGCAUAUGGCAUCGUAACCUGAAAGCUAAGGCUGAUAUAAUAAGAUUAAGAGAUGAACUUGAAACUCAGAGGAAUGAAGGUAAUGCACAGCUUGCAGAAAAAGAUAUCUCAAUUCAGAAGAAUGAGGAACAUAUUGAUAAACUGAAAAAACACUGUAAGGAUAACAUUAAAAAAAGAAUAAAUGAGUCAGAAAGAAAUAUGAUAAGUGAUUGGAAACAGAGUGAAUGCAGACAAGAGGGACUUCAGAUAGAGCUUAAGGAUGCUGAAAAAAAAUUUGAGAACUUGCUCUCAGAACACUUGCAGUGUGAAAAGAACUUGAAAGCAAACAAGCAAAAUGUUGAAUUACAGUUGCUCACUGUGCUGAAUAAAUACGAUAAAGAUAUGGGACAGCUACAGGCUACACUUGAAGAGAUUAUUGAAGGUUUCAACAAAGAGAAGCAACAGAUGAGAGAGUUACAGGAGCUGUUUAACAUCCAGGAAAUGGAGUACACGAGGUUAAUGACUGAAAAAGCUGAAGAUGAACAACGCGAACUGGACCAUAAAAUAUACAUUUUCAUUACAAACAGAUGUGCACGCAGAAUUCAGCAUGCCUGGAGAGAAUACAAACAAAGAAAGCUUUCAAAGCGUAAAGGGAGAAAGAAGAAGAAAAAAUAAAAUGGUUAUUUUUCACAUUUUCUGUACAA